AGGGUCCACGUUUGACGGCUGAUGUUUAGCCACGUUUAUAUGGAUUUAAAAUUGCAUUGUAAAACGUAAGUUGCCCCACAUUCAGAUCAAAGUUUUCUAUGAGCAAACCCGUGAAUUUCCCAGUAAAUGAUGGUUGACAAGAGCUAACUUUUGCGUUUUAUGAAAUUACUCUUUUCGUAAGAAACACUAAUGUUUUAAAGAGAAAAUUACAAUAAGCAGCAACCAUUAAAGCUUCUUUAACUGAAAAUAAUGAUUCUGACAGUGAACUUUGCAAAGAUCUUUUCUCGAUCCGGACUUAUUUGAAAAAGUGUUUACCACCGCAAUACAAAAACGUCGACAGAUACAAGGCAACCUUUCGAUUACGUGAAUUAAACCUUUCGAAGCAUCUACGUCAUUGCAUGACAUACUCCUGAACGACUGAGGUAAUAACAUUAAUAACAAAUUUUAAUUUUAACACAAUUGAUCUGAGUUAUUUGAACUAAUAGUUACAAAUUUACUUAUAAAUGAGAAAUGAGUGGAAAUUUUAAAUGAUAGCUGAGAUUAUAACGCCCCAAGAUAAAGAGCUUUCACUGUCAUGUAUAUCAAUCUGCCCAGUGAGCUUGAUAUCAUGCGAUUUUUUCCAGAUAAACCUAUGCGACAAUUGCUUCAGUGCUAAAGAAAACAUGCUUGCUAGUCGACGGAAGAUAUUGGUCUUGGGAGACCUGCCUUUCAAAGAAGCUGAGUAAAUAAAUUGAUAUUUCAGCAGAGUAACCUUUUAUGAGAAGACAAAGCAAACACAACGUUAUUUACCCAGGAUUCGAGACUUUUCGAUAAUAUAUUUACUUUGUAGGCAACCUGUUAAGUUUGAAGCUUUAUUUUUUGCUGUUGUCCAUAUGUCAGCUAAACGGUCUGUCUAACGUGAUUAAGGUGUAAAUCUUUAGCGAUACGACUUUGCGGAAUAGGUAAGCUUGUGGUUUACCAGUCUGUUUUCUAAUACAUUGCUUUAAAGUGAGUCAGCCAGUAUUUAGAUAGUUCGAGAAGAUAAAUGUUGUAAAAUGUUUUUGUCCAAGAUACCUCGCCACUGAGUCAAGAGCUGCUGACAAUAUUAGACUUUGGUGAUUCAAGUGCUAUAUACGAGAAUUUGACGGCAAAGCGCGGGACUUUUUGUGCGUGGAAAAUAAAAAAAUUGCCAUGCUUUGAUCUAAAACAUAAAAAAGAUACUAGUAAUAAUUAACACCAUUGCACAAGAACCCGGGACAAAAAUAAUAACAUUGCUUAAAAUCAAAUUAAAAAAAAAAGUUGUGCGUUGAAGAGGAACCUUUAUGCUGGGCUCGCUCUGUGUAAACAUACAAGCCGUAAUGAAGCUUUUUUCCCCGGGUUUGGCUCAUUUGUCCCGAUUUGAACAGACUUGGAUAUUUCAAUAUACGUUUAUUGACCGACUCAUGCGUGUUCAAAACAAAAAGAAAUACUGAUGUUUUCCGCUUCAAUAGGCAGGCGAACUUAAAAUUCAUACUCAACACGACGUCACCGCUUUAGAAGCGAAAAUAAAUGCAUGCUGUGUUUUUGGAGGCCAUUGUACGUCGAAAAGGUUUGCAGUAGGUAAACUAAUCGAUGGAAACGGCAACUGGGUAUGCAGUACUUUAAGUUAGUGAGCCAGGUUACUGCUUGUGAGAAUGUUUUCGUUUUGCAUUCCACGGCGCAGGACAAAGCGUCGAAUUCUCUCCUCUUUAUUGAUUCUAGCCGUUCUUCUAACGUUUUGGUUGGUGCGUCAAGAAGUCAACAAAACAAAACGGGAUGUACAAUCGUUUGAGGAUGAAAGUUGGAACGAGUGCGUGACACUGAUCCAGGGAAAUUCUCCAAGCAAGUCGAGUCACGCACCUUCGCGUAGUGACGACGAUGUCGUCCUAGAAACUUACAGUGCUAGAGAAUGCUAUUCCAUCGCGCAAGAGCGUUUCCCUCACCCUUCCCCAUCGGAUGAUGAACUUGGCUUUCCAAUUGCCUUCACGAUUUCGGUGUAUAAAUCUGCUCAACUCUUGGAAAAACUCUUACAGGCCAUUUACAUGCCUCAGAACAUCUACUGUAUUCACAUCGAUUUAAAAUCUUCCGACACUUUUCGCGCGGCGGUCACCGAGAUGAUUAGAUGUCUACCAAAUGUUUUCUCGUCAACGAAAAGCGUAGACGUUAUAUAUCCACAUAUAAGUAUCUUGUACGCGCAGUUCAACUGCAUGGAGGACUUGGUUAGGACUAGUAACAACUGGAAGUAUUUGAUUAAUCUUGUGGGGCAAGAUUAUCCUCUAUAUUCUAAUCGUGAGUUGGUCAAAGCCUUACGCGGUCUUAGUGAAAAGAAUAACAUCCAAAGCUUCUCUCAUCCGGAUAUAAAACGCCGCACUAAAUACUCAUACGAGGUCAAGCUGCAAACUGGGGGUUCAGACCAUGGAACUUACAAAUAUUUGAAAACCUCCAGAAAGAAAGCACCCCCCCCGUUCAACAUCGAACUUUACAAAGGCGCAAAUCACGUGGCCUUGACCAAGGCAUUUGUUGAAUAUAUUUUGUUUAACAAGACCGCUCGGGCGUUUAUCGAGUGGCUUUCAGACACAAGAAGUCCGCCAGAAACAUUUUACUCUUCUUUACAGCAGCAUCCAGGAGUCCCUGGCGGUGUGGUAGGCCAGCAGCCCGUUUUCAUAAUGCGCGCUAUCAACUGGAUCGAGAAAGAUAGAGGUAAGCGGCCAAACUAUGAGUGCCACGGAGAAUGGAUACGACUAAUCUGCUGGAUUGACAUCCGGGAUUUACAGUGGGUUCUUGGUGAAACAAUGCGCGGAAAGUUGUUUGUACAGAAGAUACCGUUCGAUUUUAAUGACGAUGUACUUCGAUGCUUAUCAAUUGCGCGGCAAAAGAGGAGUUAUGGAGAGUACUUCUUCUCUUGAGUUUAUUACGUGGAAUGGUCUUUACAACCUUAGCCUAUUCCACGAGAUCGGCAAGACUUGAAGCUGCAAAGCGUCGAUAACGGGGAGUAGCAAAAAAAAAAAAGAAGAAGAAGAAGAAGAAGAAGAACAAAGGUCAAGUGCUUGAGACGAGGAGGGGCUUUUUUCCAAGCCCCGCCAUUUUUCGUCACUCGCCAUUUUAGGCGGUGUAUCAUGUUUUCCAGCUAACCUAUAAACGCCUGGAACAGACUAUUUCAUUCUCACACUGUUGUCCUAAAUGUUUUUCUCUGCCGAGUGCGGACAAAGGUGAUCGAUGAUGUACUAGGGACGAGAAUGAGAAUCGAAUCACGAUUGCUAAGAGCUCGCGCGCACCUUCCUCCCCCUUCCAAAAAAAGCAAUAAAAACAAUAGUAAUAAUUAUAAUAACAAUUCUAAUUGUAAUAACAACAAUAAAGAAAAACAGAGGGGCAAAUGCUGUUGUGGUUAUAAAACUGGUUUUAGAUGUUUGCUUCUUUGUUCGGAGGUUUGGUUUUAUAAUAGAGGUGUCUUGAUUGUU